AUGAGGGACCUCGCAAGUCAAUUCGCCCUUCCUCUCCAAAAUAAGCUAGCGAUAGUGACGGGAUCCUCACGUGGUAUUGGUGCCUGCAUUGCAUGGGAGCUUGCCCGCCGUGGUGCGAAUGUUUGUAUCACCUAUGUCUCGGACAACAGCCAAGUUCCUGUUGAGGAGCUUAGGGCUAAGAUCAGCCAACUCCCUCACAAACCCAUUGCAUGGGCCUGCCAGGCCGACCUAUCAACGACGACGGGCGCCCAAGAGGUCAUUUCGCAGCUCAAGACUUACAUCGGCAGCGAUGACCUCCAAGUCCACAUUUUGGUUAAUAAUGCUGCCACCGAGAUUGUGGGCAAUAUGCAGAGCCUAACACUUGAAAAUUACGACAAGGUUUUCAACCUGAACGUACGUGGUCUCAUGCUCAUGACGCAGGCCGUGGAUCCGUACCUAGCACCCAAGGGUCGUAUUAUCAACUUAAGCUCCGUAGGAGCGCGUUCCGGCUUCAAAGAUGUCAGUCUUUACUGCGCUUCCAAGGCCGCUAUCGAAGGCUUCACGCGCGCCUGGGCCAGCGAGCUAGGUGAGAAUGGCACUACGGUCAAUGCUGUGGCGCCAGGACCUGUACCUAGCGAUAUGCUGGACAAUAUCCCCAAGGAAAUUGUGGACAUGCAGAAGAAGAUGACUCCUAUCGAGCAGCGACUUGGUACGACGGAAGAAAUUGCGAGCGUUGUUGGGUGGCUGGCAGGACCUGAUGCCUCGUGGGUGUCCGGCCAGGUCAUCUGUGCAAGUGGUGGCUGGUCAAUGUAUUAG